AUGACAUCGCUCCCAACUUUUUCCUCCUCUUUUUUAGGUCGCUGUGAGACAGUUGGGACCCUGUUAGGGAGUAACGCAGGUGUCAUGUCUCUCGAUGUCAAUACAGAGGAAACCUUGAUUCUUGGUGCUUCUAAUGACUUUGCUAGUCGAGUUUGGUCACUUCAAGAUCACAGGUUAAGGCAUACACUGACAGGACACAGUGGGAAGGUAUUGGCUGCCAAGUUUCUGGGGGAUUCCAAUAAAGUUGUCUCAGGAAGUCACGACAGGACGUUAAAGAUAUGGGAUCUAGUCAGCAGGGCAUGCAUCAAGACAAUAUUUGCUGGCUCCAGUUGUAAUGACCUUGUCACAUCAGACGGGUUCGGCAGCAACAUCAUCAGUGGCCAUUUUGACAAGAGGAUACGUUUCUGGGACACCAGGUCUGAGUCCAGCGCCAAUGAGAUCUCUCUGCAGGGGAGGGUCACAUCACUGGAUCUGUCACCAGAUCGUAACUAUCUCCUAAGUUGUUCAAGAGACGACACUUUAAAAAUCAUCGACCUUCGCAUGAACCAAGUGACAGGGACUUUCUGCACUGGAGGAUUUCACGUGGGCUGUGAUUGGUCGAGAGCAGUGUUCAGUCCUGAUGGAGAAUACGUGACUGUAGGGGGCGGUGACGGCACAGUAUUCAUUUGGGACAUUAAAAAGAACAAGGUUGAGAGGCAGCUGAAGGAACACAAUCAUUCUGUGGUAGCAUGUUCUUGGCAUCCAGGAGGAUCAAUGAUUUUAAGCUGUGAUAAACAAAAGAAGGUGAUUUUGUGGUCAGACUUCUAAGUACUGCCAGAAAGCAAUGAAGCAGGAGGACAAGCACACACAGAUUGUGUCCCAGAAGUGGUAGUAAGCACAACUAACACAAUGAGAUAUGCUGGUUCGUCAGUAAACUGGGAAGUGAUUGUGCAGCUAGCUCAACAACCACAAUCAAAUUGGAUUGAAAAUGAUAAAAUCUGCAAAUAAGAGAUAAUUGACGAUCAUAUCAAGAAUUGCUUGGUACACUAUGUGGACAGGGUUGUGCUAUUUUUGAUUGUGGUCAUGAUAUGUUAAAUGUGAAUUGUUAAGAUAUUUGCCUCAUAAACCUAAAUUGCCGAGAAGAAUUUUUAUUGGGUUGUGGUAAAGUUAAAAGUGUGGCAUAUAUGUCAUGAGUGAAAACAAAGUGAAAAAAA